GCCGCAGCACCCACCCGGACACCCCCACCCAAAAAACGCAAGCGCAAUCCAUCGCCGAAGCCGCCAGUGCGCGCUUGCUGCGACCCGGCGUUGGAUUGGUUGGGUAGCUAGGGUUUAGAGAUUUUUGGGCGCGGAGCGGGAGGAGGGUAGGCGGGGAGCGAGGCGGCGGAGAUGGCGUCAGCGGAGGAGGAGAUUGCGGUGAAGGAGCCGCUGGAUCUGAUACGUCUCAGCCUCGACGAGCGCAUCUACGUCAAGCUCCGAUCCGACCGCGAGCUCCGCGGCAAGCUCCAUGCAUACGAUCAACAUUUAAACAUGAUCCUUGGAGAUGUUGAGGAGGUAGUGACAACUGUUGAGAUAGAUGAUGAAACAUAUGAAGAAAUUGUGCGCACUACUAAACGCACUAUCCCCUUCCUUUUUGUCCGAGGUGAUGGUGUCAUAUUGGUUUCCCCACCCCUGCGAACUGCAUGAAGUCUGAAGUGAGAUCCUGCUGAUUAUCAACUGUGACUGGUGUAUUUGGCCAACUGAUGGCGUGGAGUGUAUUGCUAUGCGCCUAUGCCCUUCACUGUCUCCAUUUUCUGAUGGAUUGUAGGUUUAGCAUGUGAAUUGUGAUACAGUCGUGUAACAAACUGUUCAUGUUUAAUUUAUGACGAAUUAAUCAGUUUCUCAGCCCA